CUGAAUUACACCCGGACGAAUGCCCUGACGAACACUCUGACGAAUACCCUGAUGAGCACUCUGAUGAACACCCUGAAGAACGCCCUGAAGAACACCCUGAAGAAUGCCCUGAAGAACACCCUGAAGAACAUUCUGAUGAAUGCCCUGACAAACGCCCUGAUGAACGCACUGGUAAGUCAAAUCAAGAUGAAACAAGCCAAAAUGAACCAUGCCCCAAUGAAUCUACAAAGUAUGUAAAAUUCUAG